AUUUCCGAUAGUUACUGUCCCAGCGUAUAGGGUGUUACACACAGUCGGGCCGACAUUUACACAGGGCGCAUUCCUCAACAUGGAGUUGUACUCAUCACAUUUGGUCUUGCUGACAGUCGUAGUUCUUGUAUGGGGGAGCUACCGCGUCAACUCUGCGCCUGCGGACGAGAUUCGUCGACUAGAGGACUGUGUACAAGAGUUCCUGUCACACGAGGUAGAUAAUGCCGUAAUCAGAGACGAUAAACCAACAGAGGAGAGGCGCAAUGAGUAUAAAACAUGGACGCGACAGUAUGGGACUGAGUCACUUGGCAUCAGUAACUCUGAGGAGGAACACGGGAAGCGUGUGGUGGUGGGUACGCCCAUGGAGCGUGACCAAUGGCCAUGGUUGGUCUCUCUUCAUUUCUUACGCCCAAUCGUGUUCACAGAGAAAACGGGCAUGCAGCAUGUGUGUGGUGGUACCAUCAUCAGCACCAACCCUGUGUGGGUCCUCACCGCAGGGCACUGCUUCAGUGAGGACGUGCAUGAAGGCUUCAGUAACCCUGACAACUGGGAUGUUGUGAUAGGAGAGUACAAUCAGUACAAAAAAGAGGCUGGGGAGAUCAAAGCACACAUUGAUGAAAUACAUCUCCAUAGCAACUUCUCAGUGAACACCCUGCUAUAUGACAUAGCUCUGCUGAAGUUGAGGCCAAUCGAACAGCUACAACUGGAAGACCUAGCUGAUCUAGAUGAUGGAGAAUUCCAACCUGGUCAGCAAUGUUCUGUAGCGGGAUGGGGCCAAGUCUCUUUCCAUCCCUAUGGUUGGGGGAAUUUUAUUCCUCUAAUCACCUCUGUCUGUUUGAUUGAUAAUGACUUAUGCAGUGAAAUGUACUCCGCAUCAAAAACACAGACCUUCUUCAUAGAUCAGACAACUAUAUGCGCAGGUUCCAAUGAGGGUCAUGAUGCCUGCUUGGGUGACUCGGGGGGACCACUGAUGUGUCAGAGCCCAGAAGAUGAUCGCUGGAAAUUAGUGGGCGUGGUAUCCACGGGGAAUGAGUGUGGAAGAAAGGACUUUCCUGGGAUCUAUACUCGUGUAGCCUUCUACCGCAGCUGGAUUGACGAAGUAAUAGAAGUGACAAACACUCACCUGGAGGUGUAAAACAGGGGGCACUCAGGCAACAAGGUACAUACAUGUACCAGGUAGUGUCUCAGUGGCCAGGCAUACAAUGAUCCUGUCUAGGUUAUCAAAGGAAAUGUAUUGUAUAAUGUACUUAAGAUGAGACACUAUAAAUUGUGAAACUACAUCUGGACUCGCUAUAUAAAGAAUGAAUUAUGUUUCACAUAUUAUAAGAACAACUCUUUUGUAACAAAGAUAUUCUCCUGAAGAGAUAAUAAAACUAAUAUGAAGUCUUAAAAAACGCCACAAUUUCACUUUCUUCUUUCUUC